AUGAGAAAGAAACAAGAUCUAUUAAAUGCAUGAGGAGAAGAUUUUUGAAAAAGGCAUUUUGGAGUGUUUAACUUUUUAAGAUGAUGCUUUUUCAAAAGUAUUGAUAUGCUUGAUGAUAAAUUCAAAAAUCCAGAAUUAACUAUGGUUCUAGCUGGGAUAUUUUUGCUUACUCUUCCCUCCUCCGUGAGCGAACAAAACUAUUGAAAUAACCUAUUUUUUGCCCAAAAAUCCACCCUCCGUAAGCCAACAAAAUUUUUUAGGAAAAUUUUUGAUAUAUUAGUGAUAAUUAGUAUAAUAAAAUAUCUAGCUAAUUUUUGUUAAUUUUAACAAUUGCAUUUUAAAACAUAAAUUAUCCAAAAUUAAUAUAUAUUUGCUUCUCAUUUCCUAAAAUUUGGAAUUUUUUUAAAUUUUUAAAAAAAAAUUUACUCUAAAAUCUAUAAAUAAAUAAAUUAUGCAUUAUCGCGCUCUAAGCGCCUUAAUGUUUUAUUCUUCAUGAUAUUUUUAACAAAAAUUUUAGCACCAGCAUCUCAUUCAACCUCAACUCCUUCUUCAUUACUAAAAUUUAUAUAUAAAUUUUAAAAAAAAAAAUUAGCAUCCCUCCUCAAGUGAACAAAAUCUUUUUUUUCACUCACAGAGGGGGAGCUAAUAUAAAUUUAAAUGUCCUAGGAAGUGUUACCUUAGGAGAGAUCUGCUAUCAAUAUCAAGAAGUAAUAAGAAAUUCAGGAACUUGUAAGCCAAUUACCAGCAGCAUUAAAUCUGAGGAAUCCAUUUUCAGUGUAUGUGAACUGAUUUUAUAUUUUGUUCUUUGUUGGGAAUCUUAAAUCUUCUCCGUUUAUAUUGACCCUGUGUUGUGCAUUGUUUCAUACAUAUGAUACAAUUAUCAAAUUAAUUGAUACAUCUUUUUGCCCACCUCAAUCAAAUACGGGAAGAUUUAAUGGGCUUUUACUUUGAGCUGCCUAUAGAUCUUUUAUGAACUGCUGAGCUUUAAUAUAUUGGCUUGCAAUUGUAAUUUUGCCUAAAAGACUUAGCAAGAAAUUUCAAUUAAGUGAGCUACUUAGCAUAAAUCAUAUAUUGUGCAAAAUUUUAUUCUGAAAUAAAGCGAAAAAGACAAAGGAAAUUUUAACAACACCUUUCAAAAUGCCAUUCAGAAUUAGAGCAUCAGCUGUGUUCUCUGUUUUCGCAAUAUUGGUAGACAUCUGCGUUGUAAAAUAUAUGCAGUAUAUGUUACUUUCUUAUUCAAUUUAUUAUUUAACUGAUGAAUUAAGAUCAUAUAGAGAUUAUUUGAAGACUCAGCCAGGAAACGAUAUAUUUAUCAUCCUGUAUUUACAAGAAACACACAUUGUUACUGUUUCAGAAGGAAUCAACUUACUUAGUAUUGUAAUAAGAUGCUUAGAGCCAAUUUUCCCAUGCAUUGCUAUAUCUCUUAUUAUCGGAUCAAUUGUCGCAUUAUAUUCUAUAGUCUUAAUGCUUUUUAGAUACAAACAAUAUAUGCUCAUAAUUGUCAAUGAGCCAGAAAACAGAGAGUUUUUAAAGCGAAUUUGAAGAUUCCCAAGUUAUUUAGCUAUAUUUUUCCCAUGUAUCUAAUAUUUAGCUCAAUUUGUAAUGAAUAUUUCUUUUCUUCACAUAACUUUUUCAUUUGUAUUAUCUAGUUUCCUUUAUGCAUUUACUAUAUUUUUUAUGUUUACAGAUGUUUUUGCAUAUAUUAUGAGCAAGCCUUUACAGUUUUGGCUGGUUUUAGCCAUUUUAUUUUGAGGGUAAACUUAACUCAGAUUAAUUUAUUUUCCUCAUCUUGUUGAAAAAGAUAGGACAGUAAAGAAUAAAAUGUAUUUUUGCUUAUGGGAUAGCUGAUUUUUAUUUGCUGGAUAUACGAGCUCAAUUAUUAUUGGCAUCUUCAGAUAUUUUUUCGGAGCAGGGAUUGCUUUAUUUCUAGGGUUUAGAGCUCACAUUAGUAAUAUGGCACCUCCAUUUGAUAGAUUGGAUGCGCUUUAUCGGAGUUUUUACGGAUCUAUUACUAUGCAUUGCAUUAUUCUAGGAAUUAUGCCAACAAAAGAGGAGUUACUAGAAAUAGCAAAUGCCACAAGAGACAAAGGUCCUGCUAAAAUAAUCCUUUAA